AUGGUUCGGUACAAUAUAGAUUACUCCGAGAGUGGAGUUGUUGUACCAGGUCCUUCUCAUGAGCCGGUCAACAAGACCAUGCCAGAUAAAGUUAAUGAUGUCGAGGAGUAUAUCAGAUCAUUCCCGAAAGUUGACAGUCACUACUGUCGUUCUUCUACGAAACGUGAUUAUCUCGAACCAACGUUGAACAUUAGAAUGAUGUACAGACUUUAUAAUGAGUCAUGUGGAGAUCGUGGAAUGGAACCCGUAAAGGAAAAUGUUUAUCGUAAAAUAUUCAACGAAAAGUUUAAUUUGGGUUUCCAUAAACCUAGUAAAGAUAUGUGUGACUCUUGCGCAUUGUAUGAUAAUCUUAAAAAGGCAGACGGUUUAACCAAAGAACAUCAAACAGCGCGGGAUGCACAUCUUGCACGGAAAGUUGAAGCAAGAGAAGCUUAA